CAACCUGUUACCUCUGCGACACCUCCCGACUCCCUGGACCAGUCAGCAAGUUUGCGGGCAGCGGCCGCUGCAGCAGGCAUCUCCUUAGAAACCCCCGCCCCGCCACAAGCCUUGCUCUCGAACCCCAGUUUUGAUCCUUCUCCCACUCUGUUGGGGUGUCGUCGGGUCCGCGCGGCGGUCAAAUAAACUCCCGCUUGGUUUUCCGACACUUGGAAGCGGUCCCGAGCGUCUCCGGCCGCAGAGCUGCCGCCGGGGGCUCGACCCGGGGCCGGGACCGCGCCCUCUGGCGACCGCGGGCGGCGGUCACUCUCCGGCAUCCCCGCGCCCCUCGUCUCCCCGCUGAGGCCGCUUGGGGGGGUCCCGGGUGUGUGUGGGGGGGGGCAGCGCCGCGCCCCGCGCCCGCCGUAACAAAGGCGCCCGGAGCGCGGGGACCAGGGCAGGGCGGGCCGCUCCCGGCAGCUGCGCUUCCUCCCCGCUCCCUCGGGGGCCUGAGUCACGGGCCGCCGCCCUGCCGGGGCGGGCUGCGGGGUCUGGACCUCCGGGUCCCCCGGGGCCGGGCGGAGGGAACCACCGGACAGCGCCUAGGGGUCCGCGGGGGCGAGGCCCCGCCCCUCCCGGGCUCGGCCCGGCGCCCCCUUCGCUCUCCCCAUUGUCCUCAGACAAAGCGGUCGCCGCCCCCCGCCCGGCCCCCAGUGCUCCGCACCCUCAGCCCCGGGACAUCAUGGCCACCAUGCCUGACUGGAAGCUCCAGCUGCUAGCCCGGCGCCGGCAGGAGGAGGCGGCCAUUCGAGGUCGGGAGAAGGCCGAGAGGGAGCGGCUGUCCCAGAUGCCAGCCUGGAAGAGGGGGCUCCUGGAGCGUCGCCGCGCCAAGCUGGGCGUGUCUCCUGGAGAGCCGAGCCCUGCGCCUGGGACGACUGAGGCUGGCCCUCCCGCCCCAGACGAGCCGGCGGUGCUCCUGGAGGCCAUCGGGCCGGUGCACCAGAAUCGAUUCAUCCGGCAGGAGAGGCAGCAGCAGCAGCAGCAGCAGCAGCAGCAGCGGGCCGAAGAACUCGCCGAGCGGAGGCCUGCGGAGCGGAAAGCCAGCCCCGGGGAGAGUCGGGAUCAGAGCCCCAAGGGAAGAGAAUCUAGAGAGGAAAGGCCGUCUGCCAGGGGGGCCAGAGAGAGCGGCCUAGGGCCAGGGGGAGCGCGAGAGUCGAGCCCCCGGCCUUCCGAGCCCCGGGACUGGAGGCAGAGCCCCGGAGAGGCUAGAGACCAGAGCUCCAGGUUGGCCGAGGCCUCCAGGAGGCUGAGCCCCGGGGAAGCCCCGGAGAGGCUCCUGAGAGCAGCAGAGCCCCAAGAGCAAAGUCCCCAGAGAAAAGAAGGUGUCGAAAAUAGACUGAGUCCCCCGGGGCUUGGCGACCAGAAGUUGGGCCUGCCCGAGGGCCAGAAAUGGAGGCCGGACUCCGGAGAGGCACCAGAACAAAGUUUGGUACAGCUGGAGGCUCCUGAGUGGAGGCGGAGACUGGGCGAAGCCGGCAGAGACUGCCUGGAGGAAUGUGGGAGCCGAGCCGAGCUGCAGGGUGCCAGGGUCCCCCCGGGAAGCUGCCCGGGGCCCUCCGAGGCCCCGACACGGGAAGGACCGGAGCACCUCGCUAGCCGAGCGGAGGAGGCAGCGGAGCCGAGGCCCAGCCCUGUGGAGGAUGGUGACAAGGGCCUGAGGCUGACCGAGGGGUGGAAAUGGACCCUGAACUCUGCGAAGCUUCGAGAAUGGACACCCAGGGACACGGAGACUCUGAUUCCGCAACCAGAACCUCCGGAGAAGCACGUGGGGCUGGGGGGACCCCGCAGAGGAGAAGCUGAGGAGGCGGGGGCUGGGGUUCAGAGCAGGCCUCUGGGCACCCCACAGAGCCCCAGCUCCGCGCCCGCCCCCCUCCCUGCAGAGGAUGCUGGGCCUCGAGGCCCGAAGCAGCAGGAAGAGGAAGCAGGGGCCCUCCGGCCACCCCCAUCAGCGCCUCUCUCUCCCGCACCCCCAGCCCCUCCUGCUCCCCAGCCUCCUGGGGAUGCCCUCAUGAGCCGCCUGUUCUAUGGGGUGAAGCCAGGGCCCGGGGUGGGAACCCCCCGCCGCAGCGGACACACCUUCACCGUCAACCCCCGGCGGUCCGUGCCCGCCGCGGCCCCCGCCUCCCCAGCCAGCCCGGCCUCAGCGGAUGCAGCCGCGCCCGGGGCCGGCAAGAAGCGGUACCCAACUGCAGAGGAGAUCCUGGUCCUCGGGGGAUACCUCCGCCUCAGCCGCAGCUGCCUGGCCAAGGGGUCCCCUGAGAGGCACCACAAACAGCUCAAGAUCUCCUUCAGCGAGACAGCCCUGGAGACUACGUACCAAUACCCGUCCGAGAGUUCGGUGCUGGCGGAGCUGGGCCCGGAGCCCGAGGCCCCCAGCCCCCCCAACCCCCCAGCUGCGCAGCCCGACGACGACGAGGAUGAGGAAGAGCUGCUGCUGCAGCGGGAGCUCCAGGGCGGGCUGCGCACCAAGGCUCUGUUCGUGGAUGAGUCCUGCCGUAGGUGACCCUCUUCCCACCUGGGGCUCUACCUCACUCCUUCCAGAACUGAAGAGCCGAGAGCCCCGAAGAUUCAGAGCAGACGGACCCUGAGAAUGAGCCUUGCAGGGAAGGGCGACCGAGGUCUUCCCACUUGUUUUCCUCCUCCUGUUUCCUGAGGGCAGUUGCCCCAUUCCCACCCUCACCCCGGGUCACUGGGGUGGGGGUCACACUGGUGUGUGCUGGCGUGUCCUGGAGUGAACACGAGCCCUGGGGGGAGCACCGGUCAUGAGGGCAAGGGUGCAGGUGGAGCACCCCUCCAUCUCCGCGGGCGCAGCUCACCUUCCUCGCAGCACUUCUGACUCUUCACCCGCCAGGGGCUCUCUGCCAUCAGCACUCAUGUCCCCCUGAGUGGCCUGGCCCCCACUCACACCCAGGCACCCCGUCCUGUCCAGUGUCACUGGCCCUCUGUUUACAGCUCCCGCCUCCCCCCUGCCCACACCACCCGCUCCCAGCGCCACCUGCCAAAGUCCCACGUUUACAAGCCAUGCCUACUUGCCCCGUCCGUGUGGACUCCUCUGCCCUGUCUCCUGCUGUCGCCUCACUGGAGUGACUGCGGUGUGGCUUCCUCCACGUUUGCUCAGUAUUUCUGAGUCUCGGCUUUCUCCAAGAGGGAAGGCUGUGUGCAUCUUAACUGUCUCCCCUUUACGGUUAUUUAAUUCUGUUCCCUCUCGUGAGUCACGAUCGAAUUGAAUCGUAAGGUGUGGGGUGGCGAACACGGCACCUCAACUUCCCCCGUUUCUAUAUUGUUGUUAAUUGCCCAGUUUUUGAUGUUUUUUUUUUUUUUAUUAACUUUCUAUAAUAAAAUGGAGCUUUCUCCAAGA